GGGCACGGGGUCCCAGCGGCCCCUUUGCCCUGCCUGUGGCGUCUGCUGCGCUCGGAGGGGGCUUCAGGGGCCCACACCGACCCGGUUGUGAAGAAGGGCACUUUUUUCCCUGGUCCUGUCGCCGAGUGAGUGAACUCUCCUCCGCUCUUCUGUCUGUCGCUGCGGACCCUCUUCCUUAGGCUCCUUUCCGUCUAUUUCAGGACCUCCCUUCCGUCUGGGUGUAUGUCCGCCCUAGCAGGCCUCCCGUUGGGCUCCGGGAGACCCCACCACCUCGGCCUGCCUGCCCCUCUCAAGCCCUCCCUCCCAGCUUCCCUCCGGUUUGUUUUCUGUCUCUGGGCCCUCCGGUUUCCUCUGUCUGUUGACCUUCCUAACUCUGACUCUGUGGAUCCCCACAUUUCUCUGUGCGUGUCUGGAACGCCCAGGCAGAUCCCUCCUCCUCCCAACCGUCCUACCCCACGCCCCUCCACCAUUCCUUUUCUGCUUCAGACCCCCUCCCUCUGACUGGGUACUCCCUCCCACGCCCCCACCACAGUUCUCUUUGUGUCCUCUACCCAGCCCCAGCCUCCAGCCCCUCCCCCUUACUGCUCCUUGUCUGUCAGGGAUCCCCCCAAGUUUACUCUCCUCCACUUGGUCUCAGGUUGUGGGGUUCUCCGGAGCCAAGUCUGCCCUGGUUGACCUCCUUAUUACUGCCCAUACCUUCCCCCUUUCCUGCCUGUCUGCCUGCCUCUAGCUCCUUUUACAUCUCUUUUUCUCUCUUUCUCCAGCUAUCCUGAAGGGUCCCUUCCCAAGCCCUUAGGAACAGCAGAGGACUUGGGGACCAGCAAGCACCUUCAGGGCACGAGAAGAGCCCCUCCUGCCUGCCUUGCCUCACUCUGCCCCAGGCCAGGCCCAGUGGCCCGCAGCUGCAUCAAGUGGAGGAGGAGGAGGAGGUGGAGGAGGGUGGCACCAUGGGCCCGGGCGGUGCCCUCCAUGCCCGGGGGAUGAAGACACUGCUGCCAUGGACAGCCCGUGCCAGCCGCAGCCCUUGAGUCAGGCUCUCUCUCAGUUAUCAGGGUCUGUGUCAGAGCCCUUGGAGCCUGGCCGGGCCAGGAUGGGGGUGGAGAGUUACCUGCCCUGUCCCUUGCUACCCUCCUACCACUGUCCAGGAGUGCCUGGUGAGGCCUCGGCAGGGAGUGGGACCCCCAGAAGCACAACCACCUCGACCACUGCCAGCCCCCUGCGGGAGGGCUUUGGUGGGCAGAAUGGUGGUGAGCUGCGGCCCCUGCAGAGCGAAUGUGCUGCAGCCCUGGUGACCAAGGGGUGCCAGCGACUGGCAGCCCACGGUGCCCGGCCUGAGGCCCCCAAACGGAAAUGGGCCGAGGAUGGUGGGGAUGCCCCUUCACCUGUCAAGCGUCCUUGGGCCAGGCAAGAAAACCAGGAGGUAGAGGGGGAGGAUAGCAUGGGCUGUGGCUGCAGCAGGGGCAGUGGUGAGGCGAGUGCUGGGCUGAUAGAGGAGACCCUACCCUCUGCGCCUGAGCGCCUGGCUCUGGACUAUAUUGUGCCCUGCAUGCGGUACUAUGGCAUCUGCGUCAAGGACAGCUUCCUGGGGGCAGCAUUGGGCAGCCGUGUGCUGGCAGAGGUGGAGGCCCUGAAGCGGGGUGGGCGCCUGCGUGAUGGGCAGCUUGUGAGCCAGCGGGCUAUCCCGCCGCGCAGCAUCCGUGGGGACCAGAUUGCCUGGGUGGAAGGCCAUGAGCCAGGCUGCCGAAGCAUAGGUGCCCUUAUGGCCCACGUGGAUGCUGUAAUCCGCCACUGCGCUGGGCGGCUGGGCAGCUACGUCAUCAAUGGGCGCACCAAGGCCAUGGUGGCGUGUUACCCAGGCAACGGGCUGGGGUACGUGAGGCAUGUUGACAAUCCCCACGGAGAUGGGCGCUGCAUCACCUGUAUCUAUUACCUGAACCAGAACUGGGACGUUAAGGUGCAUGGUGGCCUGCUGCAGAUCUUCCCUGAGGGCCGGCCUGUGGUAGCCAACAUCGAACCACUUUUUGACCGGUUGCUUAUUUUCUGGUCUGACCGGCGGAACCCUCACGAGGUGAAGCCAGCCUAUGCUACCAGGUACGCCAUCACUGUCUGGUAUUUUGAUGCCAAGGAGCGGGCUGCAGCCAAAGACAAGUAUCAGCUAGCAUCAGGACAGAAAGGUGUCCAAGUACCUGUAUCACAGCAGACUACGCCCACCUAGUGGCUAGCCCCAGAGCUCCAUGGACAGAUGCCUUUCACUGACUUCAGGAGAGCCCUGGGCCAUGAGCUGGCAGCCCACCAGUCUCUGGUGCUUGCUCCUCCCCUGCCAUCGCUGCUGCUUCUGACUUUGCCUCUGUCCUGCCUGGUGUGGAGGGCUCUGUCUAUUGCUGAGGACAAAGGAGGAGAGACCUUUGCUGUCCCACGAUGGAGGCGGGAGUUGUGACCUGGGUAGGAGCCAGCAUUGGGGGAUACCAUUACUGAAGCUGGGGCUUCUGGGUCCUGGCCUGUCUGGUCAUACCCCUAUUAGGUGUGGAGAACUGGGAGGAAGCACAGUCACCUCCCACCAGGAUGCAGGAUUUUGGGUUGGAGUGAGUCAUGGCCUCUUGCUGGCAAAAGUUGGGAGGGUAUCCCUAACUCCCCUCCACCCCCCACCCCCGCUCCCCCAACUCCAGCCUGGAAUGUGAAGUGACUCCCCAACCCCAUUGGCUUAUGGCACCUUGUGGACUGGGCUGCUGUUGCUUGGGCAGGGUAGAAGGUGCCUGGAGGAGCAUGGGUUUGAAGGCCUGUCAGCCAAGAAAUAAAAGUUUUACCUCAGAGCUGCACA